AUGAAUGGCGAAUCAAGCACGCAGCACGUACUGUGCUGCCAAUCUUUCCACACACAGUACGUACCGCAUGGGAGCGGCGUUCACUUGGCUUGCCCUCCAGAGCUAGAAGAGGGCAGCGGAUUCUAUACAGCGUUCGGUGCAGGCCCUAAUGCCCUCGUUGCCCAACUCCAUCUCUGUUUUCGGUCGGCUCCGCUGGCAUCAGAUAGGAUAUUAUUCGUUCAAGAUGCUAGAGGAGGGUGUGCCGCCGCUAGAGGAAUAAGAGGACUAGAGAGCAGCGGUGGCUUUGCAGAGGCUCGCAACACACAGACCGAACAACCCCAGCAAGACUACAACAGGGCCCAUGAACCCUGCCCGGCAGCGGACUCGAAACAAGACCUCUCUAUGGCUGAAGGCCGUUAUGUGCUCCGAGGCAAGCGGCCGCUGGCAAGCAGUAGAUCACUUCGCAUAAUGCUCUUGAUUGGCCCUCCGGACGGUGGCGUACAAGCCCUCCGCCGUCGCCGUCGCCGUAUUCUUUGGCAAAUCGUGCUCCGUGCUGUGUGCAUCCACCAUCCACCCAUCCAACAUGUCCAGGGUGCAGUGAAGCGAAGGCGAUGUAACCCUCAGGCCUGUCUCUCUAGCAACUCUCGGCCUGCCAAUUCGCCGCUGCGUGUGGGGUGCUGGCGGCGGUUGGGGCUCCUGCAUCUGCUUCCAAGGCGUCUCGUUGCUUGCCACAGCCUGAAGCUUCGCAACGCCCGCCGAACAUGCGGGCAUAGGCUUGCCAGCACUCCUCCGCACUCCUACAGUCCUACAGCUUCUGCUGCUCCUCCUGCUCCCCCGUCACCCGUCAACACCCCCCAGCACCAUAUCUAA